CCGAGUUUUGUUCUUUUUUGCACACCGAUUUUUUUUUGGUCUGCACGAUGCAGAACCGCACCAAGGUCCGGAGGCGAGUCCUGGCCUGUGCGCGUUGCAGGCGCAGGAAACUUUCGUGUGACGGAAAGGUUCCGGCGUGCACUCGCUGUGUAGACGCAAGGGUGCAGUGUGUUGGGUUCGAUUCUUCGACGCAGCAGGAGGUUCCGAGGAGUAUUGCUGAUUUCCUCGAGGCUCAUAUUGCGACGCUGGCUGGACGGCCCGAGGGUUCAACUUCGACCUUCUCCUCGCCGUCGAAUUCGGGCGAUUCGGAUGCUCACUACUCGAUUCAGUGGGGGACGGAAAAAUGCGCUUUCACUGACAGCCUCGUGAAUCGAGUCAUGGAGGAUAUCACUCCCCCGUUUCUUGGCGUCACAAAGGCUCAGCCGCUGUUGCAGUGUGUGGUGAAAGGCACUCAGCUUCCGUCCAAGAAAGGCCCGGUGGUGUCGACUGAUUUGGACGAGAAUCACCCCAGGUCCAUCAUCAACCCUCAGCCGUCGAAGAGUCAUUUCCACGAGCUUAUACCUGAUGAGGUAGGGGCGAAUAUCCUCUUCCAGAACUAUCUGGAUCGAGUAAUUACACAGUAUCCUAUCUACCACCGGAAUGAUGUGACCACGGCUUUCAACUCCAUCUACCACAGGAAGGCGUCGAAUCUGGACCAAGACACAGUCCGAAACCGUUAUAUUGUCUGCAUCAUGAUGGCCAUAUCAUUAAGUACAGCCGCGCGAAGCAACCUGCAAAAAGCCAAUGAAACAGCGUACCAACUCGUCCGACACGCUAUGCAGUGGAUACCGGAAGUAGCGACGAACGAUAUUGCUGGAUUGCAGGCCAUACUUUUCCUCACUCAGUACAUUUUUUUAAAUCCUCGAAUGGCAGAUUUAUGGCUCUUGACGGGCCUGAUCAGCCAGGCAGUAAUCGACCUUGGUCUCCACCAGGAACUGCCCAACCACUCAACCAUCUCGGCAUAUCACCGCGAUAUGAGGCGGCGUUUGUUCUGGUGUGCGUUCGAGAUGGAAGUCGGCGUGUGUUCAAUAUUCCUACGACCUACGAGCUUACCCAUCAGACAUAUCGAGGUUGCUUUUCCGGUAGAGAUUGACGACACAGCUAUCACCCAGUCGGUUAUGGAACUAACAGGCCGCGUUUCCAAGUUCACGCAGCGCAUAAUAUGUCGGUUCCGGCUCAUCGAGGCGGAGGUUAUCUCAGUGUUGUGGCAUGGGGAUCCAAUUCCGAGCGGAAGCACAUCAAUUGAACAGUGGAUGCAGAGAUGCAUUGCCGACAUCUCACUAUGGCAGCAGGAAAUUUACGCAGCAGCCAAUAUGAACAGGGACCCUGGGUUGGUGGCGCGAUGGAAAGAGAUGACGCUCUACUCGGACAUAUCCGUCCCGUACAUUCUCGUCACGUUGUACCGGCCUUCUCGACGCAUACCCGACCCAAACACCUGCCAGAUGAUGAUAGCCCUAGUCAACGCCGUCAAAGUCGCAGACGGCUACUUCCAACAGUCCGAAGCCGAAGCCGGACGGAUAAAAUACGUCUUCCACCCCUGCCACCACGUAUUCAACUGCGCGCUCGUCUUCCUCCAGGGCCUGCAGCGCUGCAAGCAAGAAGUCUCCCAAGCAUAUUCAUGGGAAGAUAUAGAAGAGUGGAUGCACGUCUUCGGCAAAUGCUUCUCGCGCAUCGCAGAACGAUGGACCGCAGCCCAGCGCUGUCUGGAAGAGUACGAACGCCUACUAUCGCCCAUCAAGAACGAGUACCUCGACUUCUUGGAGCACAACGCAUCUUUGCUGCCGCUUUCGUCGCAGGCCCCGGCAACGUCAAGAGGGCCCCACAGGUAUUCGGCCCCUGGACCCAGUUCAGCUACACCGCCCGCUCCGCCAUCGGCGCCCGCGAAGAUCGAUGAAGCGUUCAACCUGUGGAGCGCGUUCAAUCCAUCCACAACGCCUAGUGCGACAAAGUCGCCCAGCGUGCUUCCGUAUAACACACCGCCUCGAGACUGGAAUGCAGAGUUCUCUCUCAGAUACGGGACGGAAUCAAUACCUGGUCUGUAG